AUGUCUAAUCUAAAUACGCCCGUAUCACGAGUCCGCACCAACGGAAUUCAUCUUUUUGGCGCAGCCUGGGCGACAUCACAGCCCUCCACCAUGCCAAGUGCCACGCGGCCCCAGCGAGUUGCUCCCACGUCGUUAGCCUCUUUCCCGACUAUCCUGUUGAUGAUGGCCUUGGUCAACUGGGUUCAUUCUGCUCUGUUGGCAUUUGUGUCAUUCGUGCCAUCUGCGGCAUUCACGGGAUUGAGUACCCCAAGCUUUAUCAACCUCUUUAUCACUUUCAUCACCGACAAGAUGAAGUCUGCUGUUGCUACUCUGGGCAUGUUGGCCGCCGUUGCCUCGGCCUACACUCCCGGCCGACACCACCUGCACUUCCCUCGUGCCAAUACGACAUCCGCUGACAGCCUGACUACGGUGACUGUCAAAACUACUCAGGUUCACACUAUUACUAGCUGUGCUCCUACCGUCACCAACUGCCCGGCUCACCCUACCGACAUCGCUACGCUGCCAGAGUCUCAGAAGACCACCGCCACUGUUACCGACACCAUUGUCCUGACCGAGAUUGUCUGCCCUGUCAGCGAGGUCGGCAAGGUCUCAUCUUCAGUCAUCCACAAGGCCUCUACCGGUGGCCUCACUGGUUCGACUCUGUCUCCUACUACCAAGGCCUCGCCUGCUCCAUCUACGCUUCCGGCCAAUGCCACCUCUGCCCGGCCAGUUGUGAGCUCAAAGAUUGUGACUCUCACCCUCGGAACUGGCACCUCUGCCUCCGUUGUCACCUCUACUAUCCUCGUCACUGGCUCUAAGCCCGUCGCUCCCCCAUCUGAAGCAACCGCUGAGCCCACUGAUGUUCAUACUCGUGUUCCUAUCGGCAGCGACCAACAAACCACUCUAACCUCUACCACCAAAGUCACGCGCACCGUUACUGUUUCACGAACUCACCCCACUACGCCGUCUGGAGGCAACCACGGCGGCGACAGCACCUGCGCUCCCUCUACUGUCACCGUCACCGUGGCCAAGGAGACCGUCACUCUUCCUGCCUCUACUGUCUACGUUACCAUUGGCGGCCCUACCACUACCGAUGCUGGCAAACCCAAGCCAUCUUCUAUUGCCGGCGACAAGGACAAGACCUCAUCCGACUGCACUGAUGAGACCACAACUCUCCAGAAGACUGUCACUGUUGUCCCCUUCCCUACUGGUAAUGGCACACACACCAGCGGCUCUUCCAAGCCCUCUGGCUAUGCUCGUCUUCGCUAA